AUGCCUGCCCUUCGCCCUCGUGUACGGUGGUCUGAACAACUGCGAAGGCUAACUACCACCCCCGUAUCACCCAUGAGCAAUCCACAGAGGACCACACAAGGCAGAACGAGAGGCCAAAUGAGAGGGACGAGAGGGACUAGGGGAGGAACAAGAGGAGGAAGUACUGAUUCAGCCAAUGUCACAAAUACUGCCCCUGUCAAUAUUCCUCCUGCCACUACCAGUGCUACUGCAGCUGGCCCAACUACUACUACCAGUGUUCCAAUUCCUCCAUCGAAAUUCAUCAUCAAAUGGGAAAGUGGGCAGAUAGAUUGCACAUUCCCCCUAGUCGCUUAUCUUGUAGCUCAUCGUGCGGACUCUCACAUACUUUUCAGUGACAACAAAAAGAAGAAUCAAUCCAUGCAGGAUGACAAUGGUGGCGCACAACCUUCCAGCAAGGACAAGGGUCGCAUACAUGCCAUCAUUGUGCAGGAGGUCUUUGCUAAAGAUGAGCACUAUAGCACUCACUAUAAGGUGUGUCCCCAGAAGUUUGCAGUUGCAGUUGCAAACCGUCUUACAUUAUUUACCCAGACUGGCAGUGGAGUUGACCCCACUGAUCCACAGGCGGCAGCCAAUCUACGUGAGGAUGUACUAAGACAUCUCCCGACCUAUGAUGACCUCAAUGAGUUAUGGCACACCAUCCCGUCAUAUGCCCCAAAGGCUUUCUCAUCUGAUCCUCAAGUUGAUCACUCUAGCUGCCUUCUGUCUAUCGUACACACGAAAAGUGCUCCUGCUUCUAUAUCUUCUGCCAUUAGUCACCUGGGUCCAGAUGGUGGUGAUGCCAAUGAAUUGGAUGGCAACCACUCCCAGGAUCUCCCUCCGCCCAGUACUGAACAACCACCAUCAAUUGCGGACAAUGAUGAUCAAUUCAAUUAUGACAUGCUGGAUGAUGGUGCAGUGGAUGAAGAGGCAAACACUAGUGGCGGUGAGAUGAAUGCUGAUGAUGACAAAGACUAUGACAUGGCAGGACACGAGACUGGAAUUUCUAUGAUAGUCGUGUUGAGAAGCGUCCAUGCCCAUUCUCCCCUUCACCACCUCCUGAAUCUACUAUUUUGCCUACGAUGUCACCCCACACUCUAG